UGACGCACAGUCCAUAUGUUCAUUUUGUUGACGUUUACUGUUUUUGCCAAAAAGCAUUGCGCACCAGGUUGAAACCACUCCAUAGUUAUUCACAAUGGAGCUGAUCGUUCUCGUGGGGAUUGCCACGGCCCUUUUGGUCGUGAUCAUCACACUGUAUCUAUUGCAGAAAAAGAAUGCCAGUUCAGAAUCAAAACCAGCUGCAGCCCCACAACGUGGCGUCCCACAGCGGGCCCAGGAGGGAGUUCCACGUCGGGCACAAAUAGCUCGGAAUCAGCGCAACCGUCUGCGCCAGAAUGCUCCGGCUGCUCCUGUCGCUGCAGCAGCAGGUGCGGCGGCCCUCGGAGACUCCGACAACGACGAUGAUGCCCAGGUUGAUGCCGAUGGUGCCCGUGUGCCACAGGGCGCGGUGCUUGAUGAAAAAAUGGGUGCAAAGAAGCGAGCCAAGAUGGAGGCCAAGGAGCAAAAACGGCUUCAGCGUGAACAGGAACUGCAUGAUCGCGAACAGCGCAAAGUGAAAGAGGCCAAGGACGAAGCAGAACGCAAACAACAGGAGGACCUCGAAGCGGAGGUUGAACGCAAACGUGUGGAAGCCGAGCGCCUGGCCAAGGAGGAGCGUGAGCGCAAGGAACACGAAGAGUACCUGAAGAUGAAGGCCGCCUUCAGCGUGGAGGAAGAGGGUUUCGAGGAGGGUGACGCCGACGAGCAAGACAACCUUCUUGCUGAUUUUAUACAGUACAUUAGGGAUAACAAAGUGGUUGUUUUAGAGGACUUGGCCGUAGCCUUUAAGCUGAAAACGCAGCAAGCCAUUGAUCGUAUCCAAGAGCUACAAGCAGAUGGCACGAUCACCGGAGUAAUCGACGAUCGCGGCAAGUUUAUCUACGUUUCGGAGGAGGAGCUGGCAGCCGUUGCCAAGUUUAUCAAACAGCGCGGACGCGUUUCCAUCGCUGAGCUGGCCGAGAGUAGCAACAACUUAAUUAACCUGACGCCAGUCUCCGCCGGCGGUGGCGAUAGCUCUUGAUAAGAUUUGUUAGACAUUUAUAAAUUAAAUUUAUAUUUAGAUGCGAUGUGUUGGUAGAAGAACAAGAACAAAACGAAAACAUA